AUGCCCAAGAAAUUUGCGACAUACAUUGACUUCUGUCUUGAGAGGAGGCUGAAAGAAAGGCUUAAGGUAGAACAUCACCCCUUCCUUCGUGGUGGCCACUGCUUGUAUCACCUCAUGCACAUUGGGCAGCAACUGAUCAAUAGCAGGAUGCAAUUGCACCCAUGUGCACAAACAGUUGGGGAGCAUGCCUUCUGGAAGGCAGUCAUACAAUUCCUGUCAAGUCAACUGGCCCCAGAUAUAGGUGUCAUGCUUGGUAAUGUCCCCCCACCCUCUCCUCCUCAUGCCAUCUGCAUCACAUGCACCCCUAUUGUCAAACCCUUAAAUGCUCCACAUGCAGUUAAGGGGGGGGAUGUGUCCAUGUUGAAUGGUAGCAAUGAGUCUCCACUGUCAUCUGUGUCUGUGGUAGAAAAUCUCAAGGAGAGUACAUUGGCCAUUUAUGCUUCCACACUGAAUUUGUCCAGCCACACCAAAUUUUUCUUUGGGGGUACCUCCAGUGAUGUUGCCAUUCUGAAAAGCAACUCUGAUGAUGUGACAGAAAUGGUACUCAGUGGGAUCUUUGAAAUUGACCAUCAAGGGUUCUUCAUGGCUCCCAAGGGCAGUUACAACCCAAAGAAUGCUUUCAGCCACAAGUUUUUGGAGACCAAGCUGAUAUGUAACCUGCUCACCAUCCAGCAUGAUGCUAUGGCAUUGGAAAAGCUUGUACCAUUGAAGAAGGGAGAGACUUUGCUUUCAUCUCAAAAGGACAUCAAGGAUGACCCCAAAAGCAUUGCCCACAAUGAGGAAGCUACUGCAGUAUGGCCUGUACCUGAUGACAUCAAGGAUGUGCUCACUUGUGCUGCCUCCACUCACAAUGUUUCCCCCCUCCCUGCAUUUGACAUCAAUGGCUCACCCAUCAAGCCUGUUGACUACCCCCAGGUGCAUUUUGCCAUGUUGCACUUCUUCAUCAAAGGAGAUAGGAAGUCAAUUUUCACUACAUCUCUUUGGGAGUUGUGCAUGUUGUGGGCCCCACAGCAUGGUCCUGUCAACCACUUCAAACAUACAUUCCCAGAAGUAAUCUGA